GCCUUUUCUGUUGUUUCAAAGCAGCUCUCUCAGUGUAAACUUGACCUGCUGGAAGGACUUGUAUCAGCAGAGGUAUUUCAGGUGCUGAAGGAAAAGCUUUCUUUGCUCCCUGAGAACCACAGGGAUGCUUUAGCAGCUGACAUUGAUGCAAUCAUGUACACAACAGAAGGAGAUGUUCGCAUUUACUAUGAUGAUGAUGGAAGAAAGUUUGUUAGUAUCCUGAUGCGUUUCUGGUACCUGAAUGAUGCUAACCUACCUGAUGAAGUACCGGGCGAAACCAAAGUUUUCCAGAUUGUGUUUGGCGACGAGAGCACUAAAGAAAAGAGACAUCUUUUAACAGCGAACUAUGAAUUCCAAAGGGAAUUCACAGAAGGAGCAAAACCAGACUGGACAAUUACACGGAUUGAACAUCCAAGGCUAUUGGAAUAAAUGCUUUCUACAGUCUUUUUAUGUACCAUUGUAAAUGUUCCGAUGUUACAAGUGUCAGGCUUUUUUGGGGUCUCUUCCCCCACCCCCCCUUCUGUCCUCUCCUCCAAAAGAGGGAUGAAUUUUGUAUGUUUGAUUUCCCAAAAUUGUUUCUGAAACUUGCAUGGUGCUGCAGCACUAGAAUAAAGCCUCUUCCCUGCAACAGGCUAGUACAAGUUUAAUUGGUACUAAUGCUUGUUCAAGGCAUUUACACAGCACAGUUUCACACAGGCCGGUGUGUUAGAUUCUUAGAUUCUGAGAAGAAAUGGUACUACUCUUAGAUAAAAAACACAUUCAUGGCUGGUGGCUCUUC